AAUCUCGGUCACAGUUUCCCAUCAGCUUUCCGCUCUACUCGACCAUAUCGAACAUAAUAAAAUCGUUGGGAGCUCCGGGACGAAGGGUGCUUCUGCACUUGGCUUACGGUACUAUUCCUGCAAAUCGAGCCAUAGUUCCUCGCUUCCAUGGCGACUUCUUCAGCGAUUCUAUCAGUUGCCGGUGGAGUACAUUUUGGGGCCUGCGGUCUUCAAUCAAAUAAGCUCAAAUCGUUAAUUGGUCACCAGUCACAACUGUCAAUGCAUCGGAGCUCAAAGCAGCCUAAUAAGUUGCAAAAGUUAUCCGUUCAAGCUGAAUAUGGUGAUGGUUCCAGAGGAGGAGGUGGUGAUUUUCUCGCUGGUUUUCUCUUAGGAGGAGCAUUGUUUGGAACCUUGGCUUAUGUCUUCGCUCCACAGAUCCGGAGGUCAAUAUUAAACGAAGAUGAAUCAGGGUUUCGACGCGCCAAGCGACCUAUAUAUUACUACGACGAUGGCCUUGAGCAGAAAACACGUCAAACUCUGAAUGCUAAGAUUAGCCAACUAAAUUCAGCCAUAGACAACGUCUCCUCACGUUUAAGGGGUGGAAACAAUAAUACACCUGCACCCGAGCUUAUUGAAACUGACCCAGAGGUAGAAGCCACCCUUUAGAACUCUUCUUAUUUUAUAUUCUUCAAUCAACAUAGAUAUUUUAAGCUAAAAUACUACAUUUUGCAUUUUUAUAUUAAUGUUUAGACUUUAUGGUCACAAAAUUGAUCAUUGGUGUUACUUUUUUUAUUUUGUCUUGA